CUCCCAGGCCAGCGCGCGCGCCGGGUUGCAUCACCCGCCUCGCACGGGCCGGCGGGGCGGGGGUUUGGUGGCUGCCCUCAGUAUUGCCUGCACAAAUAUCUACCAGGUCUGCGACGAAUAGCUCCAGCAACUUCGCACCGUGUUUUCCACUCAGCCUACCGACAGGCACUGUGCAGAUUCAAGCGGAGAGAUGUCCAAGCAGUGAGGCCGCUGCUGCACCGGCCAUCCUGAGCCCCUACUCGGCCUUCCCGUCUCCGCUUCCCCGCCCCGCACUAGGACCCCUGCAGACGAUCAUGCGGCAGCCGGGGUGACUUCCUUCCUCUUUUGGCAACAUGGCGGGCGGAGAAGCUGGAGUGACUCUAGGGCAGCCGCAUCUUUCGCGUCAGGAUCUCACCACCUUGGAUGUUACCAAGUUGACGCCACUUUCACACGAAGUUAUCAGCAGACAAGCCACAAUUAACAUAGGUACAAUUGGUCAUGUAGCUCAUGGGAAAUCCACAGUCGUCAAAGCUAUUUCUGGAGUUCAUACUGUCAGGUUCAAAAAUGAACUAGAAAGAAAUAUUACAAUCAAGCUUGGAUAUGCUAAUGCUAAGAUUUAUAAGCUUGAUGACCCAAGUUGUCCUCGGCCAGAAUGUUAUAGAUCUUGUGGGAGCAGUACACCUGAUGAGUUUCCUACGGACAUUCCAGGGACCAAAGGGAACUUCAAAUUAGUCAGACAUGUUUCCUUUGUUGACUGUCCUGGCCACGAUAUUUUGAUGGCUACUAUGCUGAACGGUGCAGCAGUGAUGGAUGCAGCUCUUCUGUUGAUAGCUGGUAAUGAAUCUUGCCCUCAGCCUCAGACAUCGGAACACCUGGCUGCUAUAGAGAUCAUGAAACUGAAGCAUAUUUUGAUUCUACAAAAUAAAAUUGAUUUGGUAAAAGAAAGUCAGGCUAAAGAACAAUACGAGCAGAUCCUUGCAUUUGUCCAAGGUACAGUAGCAGAGGGAGCUCCCAUUAUUCCAAUUUCAGCUCAGCUGAAAUACAAUAUUGAAGUUGUUUGUGAGUACAUAGUAAAGAAAAUUCCAGUACCCCCAAGAGACUUUACUUCAGAGCCCCGGCUUAUUGUUAUUAGAUCUUUUGAUGUCAACAAACCUGGCUGUGAAGUUGAUGACCUUAAGGGAGGUGUAGCUGGUGGUAGUAUCCUAAAAGGAGUAUUAAAGGUGGGCCAGGAGAUAGAAGUAAGACCUGGUAUUGUUUCCAAAGAUAGUGAAGGAAAACUCAUGUGUAAACCAAUCUUUUCCAAAAUUGUAUCACUUUUUGCAGAGCAUAAUGAUCUGCAAUAUGCUGCUCCAGGUGGUCUUAUUGGAGUUGGAACAAAAAUUGACCCCACUUUGUGCCGGGCUGACAGAAUGGUGGGGCAAGUACUUGGUGCAGUCGGAGCUUUACCUGAGAUAUUCACAGAAUUGGAAAUUUCCUAUUUCCUGCUUAGACGGCUUCUAGGUGUACGCACUGAAGGAGACAAGAAAGCAGCAAAGGUUCAAAAGCUGUCUAAGAAUGAAGUGCUCAUGGUGAACAUAGGAUCCCUGUCAACAGGAGGGAGAGUUAGUGCUGUCAAGGCCGAUUUGGGUAAAAUUGUUUUGACCAAUCCAGUGUGCACAGAGGUAGGAGAAAAAAUUGCCCUUAGCCGAAGAGUUGAAAAACACUGGCGUUUAAUUGGUUGGGGUCAGAUAAGAAGAGGAGUGACAAUCAAGCCAACAGUAGAUGAUGACUGAAGAAUACCAGUUAAAUAAUACAUUCGGAUGGAUUUGGAAGUUGGAAUUCCUCUUAACAACCAAGGGGUUUAUUUUCAAAGCAAUAUUGGGGAAUUGAUUUCACAGUUCGUUACCUUAGUAGGUAACUGUAAGGUUAUUCUCUUUUUUUUUUUUUUUUUUUUUUGGUUAUGAAAACUUAGGGACUAAAAUUAAUAUAAAAAUUGGCAUAAUGUUGGAUUGAAUUUACAUUUUGGCAGAAGUUAAACAUUCCCACAUAAUGUCAAAAUUAUACAUCAUGCAGUUUUGUUUUUUUGUUUGUUUUAUUUUGUUUUGUUUUUGAGUCUGGCUCUGUCACCCAGGCUGGAGUGCAGUGGCGUGAUCUGCAACCUCUGCCCCCGGGUUCAAGCAAUUCUCCUGCCUCAGCCUCCCGAGUAGCUGAGAUUACAGGUGCGCGCCACCACACUUGGCUAAUUUUUGUAUUAUUAGUAGAGACGGGGUUUCAGCAUGUUGGCUAGGCCGGUCUCUCCUGACCUCAGGGUGAUCAGCCCACCUCGGCCUCACAAAGUGCUGGGAUUACAGGCGUGAGCCACCUUGCCCAGCCCACAUCAUACAGUUUGAAAUGAAACUUUGCCACAACCAGCCUUUGCUGUAGCACACACAUAUAUCACUGAACCUGUUUGAAAUAAAGUUUUUUUUCUUUUUCAUGAUUCGUCUUUGAGUACCUCCAGGCUGAAAGACUGUUGUACCAGUAAAAACUUAAAGGCACAAAUUCUCCUUGAAGACCUUCUCCCUUAUAUGUGGCCCCAUAUUUUAUGUUGCUUUAUCUUUGAAAUUUUGCAUGAAAAGGAAAUGAAUGGGUUCGAAUGAAAUUGUCCUUUAGAGCAUGAUUACUUGUUCCCAUGGACAAAUAUUUUUCUCCCCUUGCUCUUCCUGGCCUGAAACACGGGAAACCAGAGUCAAAAGUUAUCUCCCUCUCCCUGUGAUGCCUUGAGAUUUUUUUCUGCGUUGUUUAAUGCCUGAAAUCCAAGUCUUCCUCCAUUGGAAAAUACUGUUAUACCAAAUAAUUCUAGAUGAGUAACAAAGAUCUUUCUAGGCCUUCAUUUUAUGUUUUUUCUUAACUGUUAUAUUAUGAUUGUGACAUAGAUUAUACUACUACUAAUUUUUGGAUGUUUCAAAGGGUCAAAAAGUAAAAUAUGUUAGAAAACAA